AUGUCGAAGCCAGUUGUAACCAUCAUUGUUGCUGCACUCAAACCAUUGUACGGAAUAGGUAAUCAAGGUGGCCUCCCCUGGCGAUUACGCAAGGAGAUGGCAUACUUUAAACGAGUCACGACGCGUACCGUUGAUCCAUCAUUACGAAACGCAGUGAUCAUGGGAAGGAAAACUUGGGAUUCAAUACCGCCCAAAUUUAGACCUUUACCUAAUAGGCUCAAUGUUGUAUUGUCCAGGUCAUUUGAGAACGAGGCAGUUGAUGAUAACAUCUUGCAUGCAAGGUCAGUGCUGGAUUCAUUGCAACUCUUGAAGGAACGGAAUAUUGAACGUAUUUAUGUAAUCGGAGGUGCUGAGAUCUAUAACGAGUUUAUCAAAAGUGGGUUGGUCGAUAAUGUCUUGUUGACGGAAGUUGAACACACUGAGAAAGAAGAGAUUGAAAUGGACACAUUUUUGAAAUUUGAUGCUAACCAAUGGAUUAAACUGUCGAAAUCCGAAUUGAUUGAGUUCACGGGAGAGGACGCGAUCGAUGACGAUAUACAUGAGGAUAAGUUUGUUUACAACUACACAUUGUGGCAGAAACAGUAA